CUCUUCAGCUGUCUCGAACUUCCUAAAAUUUCCCGUGUCCAUCAAAAUGGGUGGGUCUCCAAGUGAGGUGGUGUUUUCAACGGUGCGACCGACAGCGGAGUCGGUCGUGUUCCGGUACACCAACGGGCCGGUCAAAGUGGCUCUACCGCAAAAGAGAGGGCGCCCGGUUGGAUCCACAAAGAAAAGACCACAAUCUGAGGCGUAUCAUGAGCCUGCAGUCACUCCGGAAUUCGAAUUCAUUAAUCUUGGGCCCAACAAGACCCGUAUCAACCACACAGCUCGCAUGACCAUCAGAAGCCACACAAUGCUUAAUCGUGGCCGUCGCAAACAGAGACAAGCCCAGGCCGUCGAUAGCAAUACCGUCGGACCAGCCUUCCCAAUGCCCAAAAUUCAUUCACGUCACAUAUUUCCCCUGACAACCCUCAUGGAUCCGUUUGACACGCUUCCAAUCACCAUCGAGCCCUACAUGCAAGAUCAGCUAUCGUUCUACACAACUAGUGCCUGGGAGACCCUCUAUUCAAUUGAAAAGAGAGCAGGCUGUAAUCCAAUCGAUAAUUACUGGGCGCCCAUAGCUUUCCAAGACGCAGCAAUGCUACAUGUUGUUUUGGCGUGUGCACUGUUAUUCGCUAUGGAAGCGUAUCGUGUGGGGACAAGCCCGGCCUUUAUGCGACAUACUAGUCGCGCCAUGAGCAUCAUUCGAGAGAGGGUCGUUUGUUCUGCAAACGCUCCUUCCGAUGAGACCUUAGUUGCCAUUGCUAGUAUGGCCGUUGCGAAGAAGGCAGCCGGUCAUCAUGAUCAAUGGGUUGCUGAUAUGAAGAUCCUCAAAACGCUGGUUGAUCUGCGGGGCGGCUUGGACGCCCUAGAUGAUAAGCCAUUACUACAGGGAAAGAUAUACCGAGCCGACAUCUGUGGAUCGAUAGAUGCCGCGCAGAAGGCGUUUUUCGGUGAUAGGUUUCAGCAAUUGCCAAUAUUGAAGCCCCAGGAAUUCCGUUUGUGCGAGGGGUUUCGGGAUCUGGUUAAUAUGCUACACGUGGAAGGAACUCUGAAAGUAGCUAUGGCUGAUCUGCAAUACAUAGUGGAGGCGUUCUCAAAUAUCACCAAGAACAGUGGCCACGCCAUUGUUGCGCAGGUUCGCUUCUGGGUUACAUCAAUACAGUAUACACUCCUUUCAGUGCAAUACGGUGUCAAAUGCAACCCCCAAAGUGAAGUGCAGGAGGUUUGUCGUCUUUCUCUCUUGCUGUUGGUUACCACUGUUUUCCAUGAGAUGCCACAGGGCGCCUCAACCAGCGACAUACUUAUUGCACGGCUUCGACGGUUUCUCAACAACAAUGCAACAUGCAGCUGGCUUCCGUCCAAAUUUCGUCUCUGGGCCGUGUUCCUCGCUCGUUGUAAUGUGCUCUCGCCUGAAUUGCGAGCCUGGUGCACAGCAGCUAUCUCGGGAUUGAUAUCGAAGAUGGCUAUCUAUGAUGAGGGAGAAUUCAAGCAAUUGCUGGCGAUGUUUCCUCAGGACUCAUCCAUGUACGGCACCACCUGUCGAAUUUGGGAUGAGGUGCAGUCACUGGUUCCGGAAAGGCCAGGCGCUAUGGCACACGGUGUGUAGACCGCCAGAUACAGACGCAUGAUGCCACUGUGGCGUGCGAUACUCUCGCCUUUAAUAGUCUCAUGCUGGUACGACGUGGGUAUGAAGCGUAUCCAUAUUAUUAUUAAAUUCCACCCUUGAUAAGCCGUUCAGAUUGCCUUG